AUGGUCGGGAUCUUCGCGCGCAAUAAGGGCUCUCCACGUACUCGCAUUGAGUCGACCCCACCCCCGCCCCCGCCUUACGAGUCAAACGGCCACCACGAUCCCGUCUUCGCGACGACGACGACGACUCAUGUUGUCACAACCACCACGCACACAACCACUCAUUUCUUCUCCCUGCCUCUUUGGAGACGACGCUGCUUUCCGGCCAAUCCACCUGCGGUCGGUUCGCAACCCAUGGCCGGAGUCUCGUCCGAUGAAUUGGGCGUCCUCCAUUCGCCAGCACAGCACAGUGUUCUACUCAGGGACAAGGAGUUGCCUCCCACUCCUGCGGAGGAUACGCGGACUGCGAUGCACGAGACCGCUCAAGUGGAUACUGGCAUCGACGGAACGUUGCAGGUGAGGAGGGGCAGUGACCUCUCUGGACCGUCUCUCAUCAGGCGAGGGUCGCCGUCGCCCGGGGAAUCGUCUUCUAUCGCACUCGCUCGCGCCGCGUUGGGGCUCGGCCUGCCGCACGUUAUGCCCAACGGCAUCUCCGCGUCCUCAUCGUCUUCGGAGGAGAACAUGAUCACGUUCGUACCACCACCUCCAAUUUCCCAGCCUUUACAGUCCAGAGCAUUGCAAUCUACGAUAAGACGUGCCAAGAGCUUCCAGGUAGACUCUGAAUCGUCUUCGGAGGCAUCGACGGCCAUUGUAGGGGAACGUAUGCGCUCGCGAGGUCUCUCGGUCGGGCCAUUACACUUGGUAUCCAACGAGAAGGGGAAAGAGAAGCAGCGAGAGUCCGAGGAUGAGGCGCCUGGGCAGACGGUGCGGCCUGCAAAGCCAUUGUCACGCAAGAGCUCGUUCUGGUCGCGUCGACGUAACGACACCCACCUUGCACCGCCGGCGAUCGUGCCCGCAGUUUACGAUCAGUCUUCAGGUCCCUCUCUGCCGAUGUUGCAGCCCGUGUCACCAUUUUAUGUCGAUACGUCGAUACCACCUUCCCCGCAGCCGCCGCCACUACAUCGACGACAUUCAGAACGGACAGGCUCGUCUUCACUCAAGGGCGAAGCCAGUGAUGACCCCCCAUCUGUUCCCUCGAAUUUGCCCUCGAGUCCAGGAAGUUCUAAAUCCGCAUUUCGUCGUCCUAGGCGUCCUCAAACGGCGGAUUCGUCCGCGAGGCCUCGCCGUUCGACGAUCUUUGGAGAUAUUCCGCAAGUCGUCACAUCUUCACCCCCUCCCGUACCGGUUCCUCUCUCCCGAAUUGAGGAGCCGGCUCCUGUACGCACGCGAGCUGCGCUUGCGCGACCUCGCUCGUCGACAAACCCUCCUUUGCUGCAUCGCCUGUCCGUCAGCCUUUUUGGCUCUUCCACUCCUUCUCCUUCCACAUCUUCAAGUGCUCCAGCACUUGGCCCCAACAUGUUCAGUGACCUCGCAACUGCAUCUCCCACAUCCAGCCCGGGUUCCUCAAGGAAGUCCUUCUCAAAACCUUCAAUUGAGAUUCCUCGACCUCGCUCUGAAGAGGAGUCUCCUGAAAUAUAUCUCCAUCGUCUCAUGGAAGCAGUCGGCAAAGCUGAGGUUGCGAUUGUAUUAGCUUCGAAUCCAGACGCAUUCCAUGCCAGUGCGCUGCGCGCCUAUAUUGAUCAGUUUGAGUUCGCUGGUGAUCCCUUGGACGUCGCUCUGCGCAAGCUGCUGAUGGACGUUGGGCUACCGCGUGAAACACAGCAGAUCGACCGAGUCAUUGAAGCGUUUGCUGCAAGAUAUGUGCGCUGCAAUCCGAACCUGUUCACAUCGGAUGACCACCCGUACAUACUGGCGUUCAGUCUGAUCAUGCUUCACACUGACGCGUUCAACAAGUCGAAUAAGCGUAAGAUGACGAAGCAGGAUUACGUGAAGAACACCCGCCUUCCUGGUGUCGCUCAGGAAGUGCUGGACUGUUUCUACGACAAUAUCGUGUUUGCGCCGUUCAUAUUCAUUGAGGAUCCUCUUGAUGUAAACGGUCAACGCGGUUUGAUCCCGGAAGCGGCGCGACGAACAUCUACCCUCAACACCUCAUCACCCGGAGGUCACAACAGUUCUAGCUCUACUGUUCUUCUAGGCAAGAACUCGAAGAUCGAUCCAUAUUACCUUAUAGCGCGCAACCUCCUCGAUGACUUGCGUAUCAACGUGCACUCGCUUGUACCAGUCGAGAGUCCCUACGGCUAUCAAGGCACUGGAGGACCCUGGGAUGAAGAAGAGCUCCUCCGAGUGUUCGUCAUGGCUAGCGUGGUUGAGGUGAGCGUUAUGGAGAACCGCUAUCUUUCGUCGCCAUGGUUCGGCUUGAGCACGCCCGGCGGACCAGGUCCGAUCUUCCAAAGUUCGCUACCGAUAACUGCGUUACCACCUCAGGGUGAAACGUGGUCGCUGAAGGUGACAAAGGUCGCUCUGCUGCUCCGCAAGGAGGAUACGAUAGACGGCGGCCGGCGCGCCAUGAACCGCAAAUGGCGCGAGUGGAGCGUCCUGCUGACUGGGUCCCAGCUGCUUUUCUUUCGCGACGUGUCAUUCGUCGCGUCCCUGCGGGCACAGAUAGACCCGUCCGUUGGUCGUGCGGUGUUUCCUCAGGCAGCUGCGCCUCACCCGGACGAGUUUUUGACGGUCAAGGACGCUGUUGCUGUCUAUGACAGGUCCUACACCCAGCACCGUUACACGUUCCGGCUCGUUAUUUCAGACGGCCGACACUUCCUCAUGCAGGCGCCAGACGAGAAGGAGAUGAACGAGUGGAUUUCCCGCAUCAACUACGCGAGCGCGUUCAGGACAGCCGGUGUCCGCAUGCGGGCGCUCGGAAUGUCUAGCAGGGAUAUUGAACUGACGGGCAUCGCUGCUGCGGCCUCGCACAUGCGGGAUCUUCAGCAUCGUGCGAGCCCACAUCAGUCUCCGCGGAUCCGAACGUGGUGCGCGAACACGCCGGAAGAUGCCAGUAAUUCUCCUCGAGACUUCGCGUCUGCAGGAGGAUGGCUUUCCACGUCCCCAACGUCGGCGCAGACAACGGAAUCGGAACCGGUCACAACUCCGAUAGAGAACACGUCCCGGCUGUUCAAGGCGACGUUCGACCAGGUGAAGACGGAGCUUGCGACGAAUCGCUGGCGUUCGCUUGAUGGUUUGAGCGUGACUCCACCAGGUCGGCCGCGAGCCUACAGCUUGGAGUCGACUCUAAACUCGCCGCCGAUGUCACCGCUUUCGGAGAACGGCGAGGGCUCUCGGGGCUCAAAGCGGUCGGAGAUUAUUCGAUCCAAGCUGAAGGAGCUUGAAACUAGCAUUUCCCACGCACAGACGCAGCUCGACACUGACAUGCGUUUUGUGCGCAACUUGGGGGUGCUUACGCCGUUCCAGCGCGCGACGCGCGAUCGGGUGCAGCUCGCUGUUCAAGGAGCAGCAAAGCGGAUCAUGCAAGUGCGACUGAACCUUGAAAAGUUGAUGUGCUAUCGGGAUGUCCUGUCGGACGAUCUGAGGGCGGACGAGCGCAACUGGCAGUGGACGCGAAAGAUUGCGAUGCGGGCCGCUACGCAGAAGCUGGAAAGCCAGCGUGCGCCGGUGUUGCCCCGAAUGACGUUUUCUGUGUACCUCAACGACACAGAUUCACCGCUCGUGUCCUCCCCCAUGAGUAUUCCUAGCACGAUAUCCGCGUCGAAGACUUCGUCGGGGCUAGAUUCGUCCUUUGAGGAGUCCUUCCACUCUGCAUUGUCCAACAGGGAAUGGUCCGGCGAGGCCUCUGGGUCUGCCAAGACGAUUGACUCUGCGCGUCCGCGCGCGUCGACCUUGUUCGAUUCCCCGAAAGCUUCACCUAUCGACGGCACGAGCCCGAGGCUGUCGAACGGCUCAUAUCCGUUUCCUGACGUUUCGGAACGCCCACAUGCGUCUCCGCUCGCCCCGCAGGGUUCGACGGAAAGCGCGGGACGCGAUUCGGAGACCACACACGAAAAGUUCUACACAGCACCGGAGAUCUCGGAGGAGCAGGCAGAGGAUUGGAACAAGACGCGGGCAGCCAAACGUGUGUCUCUGGUGAGACUGCCGCCCGACUUGCGGAUUUCCGUGCUGUUCGGAAAACAGGGCUACAGUGGCAGUGAGAUCUCGGAGGGGACGGAUACUACGCCGUCGUCACCAGUGCAGAAACCCCGGAAUCCGUUCGAUCGGACAGAGUCGACGGUGGACACUGUUGCGAUGCUGGAUCUUUGA